AUGGCGAUGGCGGCGAGCGGGAUCUCGAGGGUUGCCCCUCGUCUGUUGGGUUCUGUAGACUCUUCAUCCAGCAGACCAGCCGGUGGGGGAUCAGGGGCAGUGGGCUUCUCAAGACCUUCAAACCGUAAUCUUUCGGCCGCGUCAUCGUCCCUCGUUGCAGGGGAGUUGAGGCUUCCCUCCGCUGUUUCUCGAAGCUGUGGGAGAUCAUCGGCGGUCCGGUCGCCGGUCGUCGUGUCCCCGAAGGCUGUUUCUGACUCCAAGAGCUCGCAGACCUGUCUCGAUCCCGAGGCCAGCAGGGUGAGUCUGGUUUUUUCUCUGUUUCUUUUGUUGAUCGAGAACUCCACCUCUUUGCGGGCGAAGUCGAGUUUCGGAUUUGCAUUGAUGUUCUUUGUCGCUUUUAUUAUUCUUUUUUGUUAAAUUGUUAUCAAGUAGUAUGUGCCAGAUCCUGAAUUUUCUCUGUUCGUUAUCGCCGUCGGGGGUCAGAUGCCGGGGCUUCACGAAGCUGAUUUUCUUCGGUAUAGAUUUUAUGAGCGUUGGGGUACGAGCCACGGGAAUGUGUCUUCUCUGUGCUUGCUUCUAAUGAAUACCACUUUCUUACUUAAUGAUCGAAAGGUUGUUCAAUCAGUUGUUGAAUAUGUUAUCGUCAGAGAAAUCCUUCCCCAGUAAUAAUUAACAAAUAAGAUAUUUAAAUCUUUCCCAAUUUUCACAAGUUACACGUUUCUUCACCAUUUUUUUUUUUGGAAAAUCAUUAUAUAUGAAUAUGUCAGAGACCUGUGAAUCUUGAAGAAUUUUCCUAGUGGUAUAAUAAUAUUUGGGAUUCAUUGAAGCAUAUAUCAUCUGUCUUUCUGCAAAGAUUAUUUUCAUAAUGCAUGAAAACUUUUAUCGACAUAUUCUCCAGUUCUGAAUUUUUCUACCGAUUAUUAUGGAAAAUUAUAAUCUUGUUUACUGCCCAUCUCUUUAAAAAUAUAUUUUUUUUCUGAAGAUUUGUUGACUCUGAAAUGCAAAGUUCCGAUUUUGGCAAGCUAGAUGGUUUCAUCUGCUCAUUUUUGCAGAGUGUCUUGGGAAUCAUACUGGGUGGUGGAGCUGGGACUCGCUUGUACCCACUAACUAAGAAGCGAGCAAAGCCUGCUGUUCCGUUGGGAGCAAAUUACCGGCUGAUUGAUAUUCCUGUCAGCAACUGUUUGAACAGUAACAUCUCAAAGAUAUACGUGCUGACACAGUUCAACUCUGCUUCACUGAACCGUCACCUUUCACGGGCGUAUGGUAACAACAUUGGUGGAUACAAGAACGAAGGUUUUGUGGAAGUCCUUGCUGCUCAGCAGAGCCCUGAGAACCCUAACUGGUUUCAGGUAAUUAAUAUAUUAUUUAAAUUUAUCUCUCUAAAAUGUCUUUAAAUGAUUCUGUAAUUAAUAUAUUAUUUAAAUCGAUAAAUGUUACCUUUCACUCCUUUGAGUUAAGUUGGGGAUUUCCCGGGACACGUUUUUUUUUUUUUUUUUUUUUUUUUUGCAUUUCUCAUGGGAUUUAAUUUUCAGGGAACUGCGGAUGCUGUGAGACAGUACCUGUGGCUUUUUGAGGAGCAUAAUGUCAUGGAGUUCCUUAUUCUUGCUGGAGAUCAUUUAUAUCGUAUGGAUUAUGAGAGGUUCAUUCAAGCACACAGAGAAACAGAUGCAGAUAUCACAGUGGCAGCUCUUCCCAUGGAUGAAAAGCGGGCUACUGCCUUUGGUCUGAUGAAAAUUGACGAAGAAGGCCGGAUAAUUGAGUUUGCUGAGAAGCCAAAGGGGGAGCAACUCAAAGGAAUGAAGGUCAGUUCGCCUGAAAGCAUUCCUGAUACUCCCCUGCCAUGACCACAAGUGCUUAUAGAAAACCCAUUCAACUGUGUAUCUUGCUGCAGGUCGAUACAACGAUAUUAGGCCUGGAUGACGAGAGAGCUAAAGAAAUGCCUUUCAUUGCCAGUAUGGGCAUUUAUGUUGUCAGCAAGGAUGUAAUGCUGAACCUCCUAAGUAAUGAGUUUCCAGGGGCUAAUGACUUCGGAAGUGAAGUCAUACCUGGUGCUACUUCUAUUGGCUUGAGGGUAUCUCUCUCUCUCUCUCUUCAGUUAUCUGUCUUAUUUCAUUCUUGUAAAAUUCCAUUCAAGGCAGUAGUACCCCAGAUUGGCAUGUUGCCUCAUCCCAACAGUGAUUUAGAGUUCCUUGUGUUGCGAAGCCAUCUCAGAUUUCUCAUCAAUACCAUUAUUGGCAGGUUCAAGCCUACCUGUUUGAUGGGUACUGGGAAGACAUUGGUACCAUUGAAGCAUUCUACAAUGCAAACCUUGGGAUCACGAAGAAACCAAUCCCAGAUUUCAGGUACAUCUAUCUCAAUGGUCACUGAGUAGAGCCCAUUAAUCAAUCAAUCCCAUGCUCUUCCGUCCCUCCCCUCCCUCACCUCAGCUUCUGGUCUCUGCCAUUGUAAUCUGCAGCUUCUAUGACCGUUCCUCACCAAUCUACACCCAACCUCGGUAUCUCCCACCUUCCAAGAUGCUGGAUGCUGAUGUUACAGAUAGUGUUAUUGGCGAAGGCUGUGUGAUCAAGGUAAGCCGAUACUGGCUAUGCUACUGUUGCUUUCUGAGUUCUGACCACCUCGUCUCUGCUUCCCACCCCAGAACUGCAAGAUUCACCACUCUGUAGUCGGUCUGCGCUCCUACAUCUCUGAGGGCGCAAUCAUAGAAGACACCUUGCUCAUGGGAGCUGACUACUAUGAGGUACCAUUCUUCCCAGACCAACAGAACUUCUGAAAAAAGAAUAAAAAUGAUUUUUUUUUUUCUGCAUGAUCACUCCAUGGAGUAGAUUUCCGCAUCUGGGUUACUGUUCAUUCCUUUUAUGGAAUGUGUCUUGAUGGCUGAUCAUGGUUCUCUGGCAGACGGAUGCCGACAAGAGGUUCCUGGCAGCCAAGGGCAGCGUCCCAAUUGGAAUAGGGAAGAACACCCACAUCAAGAAGGCGAUCAUCGACAAGAAUGCUCGGAUCGGCGACAAUGUGAAGGUGUUUUUUUCGAGAGUUCUCUCAGUCACCAGUUUUGACUCCUCCAGUUCAAAAUGGGAGCUUUCUUCUCAUCCCGGGUCCGAUUUGUGCAGAUUGUCAACUCCGACAACGUGCAAGAAGCUGCAAGGGAAACAGACGGCUAUUUCAUCAAGAGCGGCAUCGUGACAAUCAUCAAGGAUGCUCUGAUCCCCAGCGGAACCAUCAUAUGA